AUGCGUGCGUUCGCCGCGCGCGCCCUCGCGCCGCGCGCGAUCGAUCGCGGGCAUCGCGCGCGUCUCAAACGCGCGUCAUCGCGCGUCGAGGCGUCCGCGGGACGUCGCGGCGCGCGAUCGUUCGCCGACGCGCGCGCCGCGGUCGGAUGCGAUGCGUCGCCGCGCGCGCGCCCCGCGGCGUCCCGCGCGCGACGCGAGCGUCCGUCGACGCGGCGGCGCGCGACGGCGUCGUCGGAGGACCCGGCGGCGCGCGACGGCGAGGACGCGCGCCCGGAGCUCGAGGACACCAUCGCGCCGCUGAGCGACGCGCUGUAUCCGCGCGCGCUCGACGCGGUGCCGACGUUCUUCGGUCGGCUGAACCCGCUCACCGCCGUGCUGCUGUUCUACACGGGAGCGAUGCUCAGGGAAUCGAGGGAGGCGCCGAUCAUCGGCGCGCAGUGGCUGUUGCUCGUGGUGCUGCCGACGUUCGGCGCGCUGUACGCGCUGCGGCGGUGGUGGUACGAGAACAAGACGUCGCCGAGGCACGAAGGGGAGCAUCGACCGUUCGCGUUUAAUCGCGCGUGUCGGAGCGCGUGGUUAGAUUUUCACGUCGGUUACAUGUUGCUCGUCCCCGCGGGGGCGUACGGCGGCGAAGGGAGCAGUUGGUGGGUGAUGACGGCGCCGAUUUUGAUGGCGCUGCGAUGGCUCGGCGGACGCCGAGGGAAGAUUUUCAAAACGGCGCGGCGCGCGUGCGUGGUCGUGUUCGGCGUCGUCGGAUUGGCGACGCUGCUGCUGUCUACGUCGACGACGUUGACCAAGGCGCUCGGCGCGCUUCGCGGCGGUGGCGCGGUCGGAUUCAUCUUGGGCCCGUUCGCGAUGGCGAUGGCGUACGUGUUUUACGUCGCGCCGGCGUGUUUGCUCCCGCGCGCCAUAGCGCGCGCGUGGACGAACACGCUCGACGACGCGCCGAUCGCGGAGACGAGCGAGGAGGAUAAAAACAAGACGCCCGAACAAAUCGCCAAGGAGAAGAGGAAGAAGCGCGUCAAUCUCAUCGUCGGCUUCGUCGCGUUCGGCGCGACGCUCGCCACGGGAAGCGAUUUGCCGUUACUGAUCCUGUUCGCGUUCCAGCUGCUCAAGGUCGAUCCCGAGGAUUUCGUGAACGCCAUCAUCAACAAAGGCUCGCCCGAGCGCAUGGAGAUGGAACAAGCGAUCGCGGACAAGUUCGCCGGCGUCUUCGCCGACACGAAGACCGAGGCGUCGAAAACCGACGCCGACGACGCCUCCGCGGACGACGCGCGAGACCCCACAACCACCACCACCACCCCGGCCGCGUGA